UUGGAUGGUAAUUGUUUCAGUGGAGCCAGCGGAGAGUAUACGGGUCUUCUUGCUAUUCGCAAAUAUUUACAGUCGAUUGAUCAGGGACAACGAGAUGAAAGUCUGAUCUUCCAUCAGAAAUUAAAGGUCUGCUUGAUUCCAAUAUCAGCACAUGGCACCAAUCCAGCAAGUGCCAAUAUGGCAAAUAUGCGGGUAGUCGUUGUGGAUGCUGACCGGCAUGGCAACAUCAACUACAAAGAUCUCUCUGCCAAGGUUGAAAAAUACAAAAAUGAAUUGGCGGCAAUAAUGAUCACAUACCCAUCAACGCAUGGCGUCUUCGAAUCAUCGGUUGUCGAUGUUUGCGCCAAAAUUCAUGAAAACGGUGGACAAGUUUAUUUGGACGGUGCUAAUUUGAAUGCUCAGGUUGGAUUAUGUCGACCAGGUGACUACGGCAGCGAUGUAUCACAUCUAAAUUUGCACAAGACAUUUUCCAUCCCUCAUGGUGGAGGUGGCCCAGGAGUUGGUCCAGUUGGUGUUAAAAUGCAUUUGGCGCCUUUCUUGCCGGGACAUUCGGUGGUACCAGUGGAGGAGCGCAAAAGUGGUGCAGUGAGUGCAGCACCUUAUGGUUCAAGCAGUAUAAUUCCAAUCACAUGGGCAUACAUACGAAUGAUGGCGGGAGUUGGCCUGAAGGAAGCCUCACAAAUGGCAAUUCUCAAUGCAAAUUACAUGGCAAAACGACUAGAAGCAGCGUAUCGAAUUGAUGAACAAGGGCUGGUGGCACAUGAAUUUAUAAUCGACUGUAAGGACUUCAAGAAAACCGCCGGUGUUGAAGUAGUUGACAUCGCUAAACGUCUCAUGGAUUACGGUUUCCAUGCGCCAACAAUGUCCUUCCCUGUGCACGAUUGCUUUAUGAUUGAGCCAACAGAAAGCGAAGAUAAGGAUGAGAUGGAUCGGCUCGUUGACUCGUUGCUCGCCAUCCGUGAAGAAAUCGCUUUGAUCGAAACGGGUCGAAUGGAUCGUAAUGUGAAUCCGCUCAAAGUACUGUUACCAUUCAGUAUCAAAGCUUUUUUUUUAAGAUGAAG